UGAUCAAUUCCUUCUUUCUGGAUUUCUAUUAAUUGCAUAUUUCCCUCUGCAUGCGCCGCGGAUUUCUCUGUGCUUUACUGUAAUCAAGCAUUGAAUUUUCCGUUUAGUGCUUGCGAUUACCUCUGUUUAAUUUCGAAUAGUGACUCGUUUCUUUUCAGAAGAUUUUGAUCGUCAAAUUUAAUUGGAGAGUAAUGUCGUUUUGUGUUUUGUCCGCAAGGAGAUGUAGUUGUUGGUGCUAGACAGGAAUUGAAUUCCGUAACUGUUUUAUUUCAGUUGGUUGGAGGUGAAUUCAGUUUAUUGAAGCGAUGGGAAAUACUUGUGUCAGUGGGAAGAUUGGGGAAGAAAGGUAUUGCUCUUCGAUUUCACGCUCGUUUUGGCGGUCGACAUCACCAGAUAUGAUUGACUCUGUUAAAGCCAUGGAAAGCCCUAACCCGGUUCACCUGAUGCCCCCUGGAUUGGUGAAGAUUAAUCCGCAGGACGUGAAUCAAUUACAGCCUACAAAAAUGGAGCGCAUGAUUGUACUGAAGGAAGAGUCACAGCCUCCUAUGGCAGCCUGGAAAUGGGAAGAUGCAGUCAAGUCGGAGCGUGUGAUCAUGAUCGUUACAGAAAAGCCGAAACCUGUAGCUCCUAAGCCGCCGGUGAAGCCUCGCACAGUGAUGAGCGUAGGUCUUCAGCUGGACUCAGUUCUGGGAACCAAAACAGGACAUCUGAAGGAGCACUACCGUUUGGGUGAGAAAAUCGGUCAGGGGCAGUACGGGAAGACUUUUCUCUGUGUGGAAAAGAAAACAGGGAAGAACUACGCCUGUAAAUCCAUUGCAAAGAGGAAAUUAUUGACAGAGGAGGAUGUUGAUGAUGUGAGGAAAGAGAUUGAGAUUAUGCAUCACUUGUCAGGGCAACGGAAUGUAAUCUCGAUCAAAGGUGCUUAUGAGGAUGCUGUGGCAGUUCAUGUAGUCAUGGAACUCUGCUCCGGGGGCGAGCUCUUCGACAGAAUUGUUAAGCGAGGCCAUUACUCGGAGAAGAAGGCUGCAGAACUGAUUAGGACAAUAGUUGGCGUUGUCGAAUCCUGUCAUUCUCUAGGAGUCAUGCACCGCGAUCUCAAGCCUGAGAAUUUUCUAUUUGUCAAUGAGGAUGAGGAUUCUCCAUUAAAGACCAUAGAUUUUGGACUGUCAGUUUUCUUCAAGCCUGGGGAGGUCUUCACAGAUGUAGUAGGCAGCCCUUUUUAUGUAGCUCCGGAAGUGCUCUUUCAGCAUUACGGACCACAGGCAGAUGUCUGGAGUGCCGGCGUUAUACUUUAUGUUCUUCUCUGUGGCUUUCCUCCAUUUUGGGGUGAAAGUGAACAAGAAAUUUUCAAAGAAGUUUUGCAUGGUGAUAUUGACUUCUCUUCGGAUCCUUGGCCGAAUAUCUCUGAAAGUGCAAAGGAUCUUGUGAAGAAAAUGCUUGUAAGGGAUCCGAAAAGGCGGAUAACUGCUCGUCAAGUCCUCUGCCAUCCUUGGGUGCAGGUUGAUGGUAUAGCUCCAGAUAUGCCACUUGAUUCUGCAGUCGUAAAUCGGUUGAUGCAGUUCUCGGCAAUGAACAAGCUUAAGAAGAUGGCUUUAAGAAUCAUUGCAGAAAGUCUGUCCGAAGAAGAGCUUUCCGGCUUAAAGGAAAUGUUCAAAAUGAUAGAUACGGAUAACAGUGGUUCGAUCACUUUUAUAGAACUCAAGGCUGGCCUUAAAAGAUUUGGAGCUAAUCUUGAUGAGUCAAAGAUACAUCAAUUGAUGAAUGCUAUUGACAUUGACUGCAGCGGUGCAAUCGACUAUGGAGAAUUCAUUGCAGCAGUGGCGCAGCUAAACAAAUUCAUCGACGGUGAUGAUCACCUUGUUAGAGCUUUUUCCUACUUCGACAAAGAUGGGAGUGGUUACAUCACAAAAGACGAGCUCCAGAUAGCCUGCAAAGAAUUCGGCAUAGAGGAUGGACACUUAGAAGAAAUGAUCCAAGAAGUAGAUCAAAACAAGGAUGGUCAGAUCGAUUUUCACGAGUUCUCCACGAUGAUGCGCAACGGAAAUACAGAAUGCGACAAGCAAAGAAACAUGAAUCACUUCAGCACUGGAUGCCAGGAGGAAAUGCCAGUUUUUUCAUACCGUAAUUCUGGCGUCACGGCGAGGAUGAGAUGAAAGUCCAUUGUCCCAUCCGGUUUUCGAAUUCGAAUCUCGAUUUUUUCGCUCGAGGAAACAAAGAACACAAAUUCCAGUUACAGAAGCAGCAGCAGAAGACAAAAAAGUUUAUAACUUGGUAGGAUUUAAGGAACAAGUAGAAGAGAGAGCCCAUGAAAUGAAGGUAACUGUUAUGUAUAUUCUUUGUAAUAUAUUUAAUGAAAGUAGAAGAUCAUUCAUUUAUAAAUAGUGUAAUAAGGAUGAAUUUAAUUAUAACCAAUUUAUAAAUAUACAUCAUGUGUUUUCUUGAUCAA